AUGACUCUGAGCCUGUUCUCCUCACAGAUACCACUAGAUAGCGCUGCCCCGGUUAUUUCUCAGCAUUCUGCUGACCUCACAGUUGACUCUCUACCUGCCAGGUGAACCCCAAAAGCAAACCCCUCCCCCUCCCACUUCCAGCCCGAGCUGCCAAGCUUAUCCCGGUGUCCCUGGCACACCUGGUCAUAACGGUCUGCCUGGGAGAGAUGGGCGGGACGGGCAUGAAGGAGUCACAGGACCCAAGGGAGAGAAAGGAAACACUGCUGGGGACAUUAAAGAACUGGUUAACUAGCAUCAAGGCAUGGCACAGUUCCCAAUACAAAAAAAAGAAGAAAAAACACACAUUUGAGGAAUGAUCUGUACAAGAUUAAAAUGUAUUUUUCUUUAUGUUCUUAUAGGAGGAAUAGGGGCUCAGGGACCCCCUGGUGAUGUGGGGCUAGCUGGACCUAAAGGGGAGAGAGGGGAGCCAGGAGGUAAGCAACAGUCCUUAACCUGUUGGGAUAGUACCUGUUGAGAUGCAAUCCAGAACAUAGACAGUGAUAGAGAAAUGUAUCAUGUUCUUUCAGAUGCAGGGGGAAACAGUGUGAUCAGCCAUUUACUCGCUGAGAUCCAACAGCUCAAAGCCAGACAGGCUAAUCUUGAGAAAGGUAAGACUUUCUCUUUUGAAAAAUAAUGUUCCAAAAAAUAUAGAAAUUGUAAAUGUAUUUCAAAAUAUACAUACAUUGUGUGUACAAAAUAUUAGGAAUACCUUCCAAAUAUUGAGUUGGACCCCCUUUUGCCCUCAGGACAGCCUCAAUUCAUCGGGGCAUGGACUCUACAAGGUGUCGAAAGCGUUCCACAGGGAUGUUGGCCCAUGUUGACUCCAAUUCCUCCCACAGUUGUGUCAAGUUGGCUGGAUGUCCUUUGGGUGGUGGACUAUUCUUGAUACACACAGGAAACUGUUGAGUGUGAAAAACCCAGCAGCAUUGCAGUUCUUGACACACUCAAACCAGUGCACCUGGCACCUACUACCAUACUCCGUUCAAAGGCGCUUAAAUUGUUUGUCUUGCCCAUUCACCCUCUGAAUGGCACACAUACACAAUCCAUUUCUCAAUGAUCUCAAAUGAUUCUUUAACCUGUCACCUCCCCUUCAUCUACACUGAUUGAAGUAGAUUUAGCAGAUACAUCAAUAAGGGAUCAUAGCUUUCACCUGUAUUCACCUGGUCAUUCUAUGUCAUGGAAAGAGCAGUGGUUCCUAAUGUUUUGUACACUCAGUAUGUUUCAUGUUUAUAUUCACAUUCAACAAGGAAAUCGGUCGGUAUCACUCACAGAUAGUAUGACAUUAUUUAUUUCAUGCUGCAAGCUUCAGGGUCUUCCAGAAGGUUUGAAGUUCUGCAACAACUUUGGUGUGACAAUGGCCAUACCAAGGAAUGAUGUGGAGAACCAAGCUCUUUCCAAAUUCAUUGUUGGUGCUUCUUAUGGUUUCCUGGGAGCAACAGACAGGAAAACUGAGGGUGUUUGGGUAGAUUUGAAUGAUGAGCCACUGACGUAUCUGGAUUGGCGCAGUGGAGAACCAAACAGUGGA